GUUCUUCAUUUUAGUGCAUGAGCUUUUAUCACUUCACAAGAUAAACUAGAGAAAGCAUGCAGAGAGUGCAAACCUCCGCCAUGGCAGGUCUGUCUCCUCAAAAUGAACUUAUAUCCCCAUUCAAAUGUGUCCUUUACUUUUUGUGUUGUUCUGCUCACAGACAGACAAACAUGGCCAAAAUACUAUACCUCCUCCUCCCUGGCAGAGAUAAUUAAAGUUCCUUUAAAACUGUGACAGAAAGCAUCAUGUUGGCCCGAGCACACUGAAAAAUACACUAAAUAAUGUGAAGACAUGAUGACACUGAAACUGUGUGGGAUGUUUCAUGUGUUUGGCAUCUGCUGCAUAUGCACUAGUUGUGCACUUGUACAGUCAAAACCACAGGAAGAGGUGAGUCAUUUGUGUGAAGAUGAUUUCAUUUGCACACAGCAGUCCACAGGUAGAGCAUGAAGACAAGCCUAAAGUGAGAAACAAUUACAGACACCCCAUCAGCCAGAAUGAAGACCUUCUCUGUUUUCUGUUGUCUUUUAUAUGGUAAGUGUCUUCCUACAACGGGGACUUUUCUAUUUUGUGAACAUUCAAAGACACUUCAUCUCUUUUGUAUUUUUGGCAGCGACACGGACGGAAGGAGACAAAAUAAUUGUGAUAGAGGGAUUUGAGGGGGGACAAGUCUCAUUCCAAUGCUCACACAGACUUGCCUCGAUAUACCAUAAGUACAUUUGCAAGGAUCCGUGUACAGCAGACCCACUGGCUACAGUGAAAUCUGGUGGACGUGCAGAGUCAGAGCGGAUAACUCUGGUGGACUCAGGGGACGGAGUCUUCACUGUGACCUUCAGGCAGCUCAAGCGCUCAGAUUCCGGGACAUACUGGUGCGCAGUGGCCCGGCCUGGUUGGGAUACAUACACUGAAGUUAGCUUGACUGUAAUCGAAGCUUCUGAAUCCACCACUGAUCCCCAGCCGGUUAUUGCAAAUGAGACCACUGUCAUAACUGACAUUUCUCCCACGUGGACAUUUCCGAGUCUCUCCUCCUCAACACUGUCAGCAUCGGAGUUAGGCACCAGUUGGCCUACAAACCAGUCCACAGCGUCAAACAACACUCAUCCAGGAGAACAGAGAAUGAGCAUGAACACAGGCACCGUGUUGUAUGCGGCCGCUGUUCCUGUUGUCGUCCUCGCUGUCUUGGUGCUGGCAAUGAGGCUCAGGAAGCGCAGAGAAAUCUCAAAACCUCCGGCACAAGAGUGCUCCAACGGCAAAGACUUAAUCAGUGCAAACGGAGGCGAGCAGUUGGAGUGUGAGUAUGACGACAUUGACAAAGAAAUGCAGUCAAAUAAAAAAACAUCUGAGAGGGCCUCAACUGCUCAGCACAUUAAACUGGAUCCGCCAGCACUUUUAUCCACAGGGGCAGAGUGCAGCAUACCACUUCAUAUCUAUGAAAACCUCUGCUGCUCCAGAGCCACUGCAGAAUCAGGAUUUCCAGCUGCAGAUCACCAAAACACCCUCGAUAUCAGCUCGGGGAUCGAACCUUUGCCACCGAUAAUAUCUGAAAGAACACACAAUGACCGUUUCCGAAAACAUACACAUACACCUGCAGCAAUGGGAAGUGCUAUGAGCAAAACAACAGACAUCUACAACAGCCCCCCAUCAUCUGAUCCCUCCAGAUCUGAGUCCAUGCCCACAUCGCUUUGGUUUGGUUUAGAUUUAUCAGGAAUCAGCUGAGUUCAUCUCAAAGAUGUAAUGCUUUUUAUGGUCAUCUAAACUGUAUGAUGUACUCCUCCACUUAUGAGCAACUGCGUGGAAGCAUAUUCCAUUCACCUAACACAAGUUUAAAAAAAGAUUUUUUGUGGGGAGGGAUCUGUUUUUCCUGAGUGAAUCAGAUAGCCGAGAAGCUUCCCGUCUUGAUCGCUGAAUUGAAAGCAAAGAUGUCCCAGUUGUUCAGUUUAAUCCAGUUUGAUAUCCAGUGAAAUGUCUUUAUUUUUCAAUUCCUGGUCCAGCAAUACUCUUCCAUACAACUGUCUUUCACAGUAACUUUUGUUUUCAUUUAAAAAGGUAUGCUGGGUCCUGUAGAUCUCUCUUUGUUUUGAUUGAUAAUUCCCUGUAUGCUUAGUCAGAGAAGCAACCUUUAAAGGUCCAGUCUGUAAAUAGGCAUACAAAUAUUAUUUGUAAUGGCGUAUUUAAUUAUUUGGAAAAAAAAAUCCCUUUUGUUUUUGUAGAGUAAGAAUAAGCCUUUUUUUGUUCUUAAAUAUAUAUAUAUAUAAGUGCACAGAAAUAGGUAUUUCUAUUCAAGAUUUCAUUUUGGUCGCCUUUUAAUGACGUCUUCCACUUAACCUGGGCAUGUCCAAAGUUCUUGGUCGGAUUUGUACGGCCCUCAGCUUCAUUUUUUGUAAUGUAUUAUUUAUGGCCAGGGAUGGACUGAGGCAGGAAGUCAGAUAGUAUAUUAUAUCUGACCCCAGAAUUUUGUCUUUUGUUCACUCCUGCGUGGCUUACAUUUGAGGACAUUGCCAGUGAAAAAUGAUAAUUAAUGACAAUGAAAAUAAAAUGAUUAUAAAACUGCA